AUGGCUUCUCCAGGGCUCUGGGCGUUCGACUAUGAGGUUUAUGGGGACGUCCAGGGUGUCUUCUUUAGAAAGUACACGGAAGACCAGGGGAGGAAGCUGGGAGUGGUCGGCUGGGUGAAGAACACGGCCCGUGGGACAGUGACCGGGCAGGUGCAGGGGCCGAAGGAGAAAGUGGAGAUAAUGAAGAACUGGCUGCGAAGUGUGGGAAGCCCCAUGUCACGCAUCGACCGCGCCGUGUUCUCCAACGAGCGGGAGAUCCCCAGUCUGGAGUUCCAGUCCUUCACCACGAAGUAUUAGAAGCCGUUCACGGAUCAGGAUGCGGGGGCCACCGCUAAGUCCAAGGAGCCAUUUCUGUACUCUGAAGGAAGCUUUAGCUUCUCCUUAUGGAGAAAGCUCUGCUCCCGCACGGUUUGGGUCCUCCACACGGCUGGCGAUGCGGUCACCCAACCCCACAUGAAUUCCACUGCUUUACACCACACGCGCAGGAGGGAGAGGGGAAAGGGAGCAGCUGUUGCAGAGGCCUGCGAAACUCCUAAUACCUUCUCCCCUCUGAGAUGCAUUCGUGAGCACUGUUGUGCAAUGUUAAAACCCUCUUUUGGACAAACAUAUUGAGUCUUUUGAGGAAUGAUAGCUCCUCCGUUCAACAGCUGGAGACUGGACAGAGCCCCGUUCCCCGAAUGUCAGUUUCCGCUCUGCAAGAUUGCAAAUUCAUUAAGGAUUAUCAGAGGAUGAAAACAAACUGCCAUUUGGGGGGCACUUGGAAAAGGGUCAGUGUCUAUAGGGCAAUUUUGAAUCAAAAAGCUGCGUUCUG